CUGCCUCACCCUCACCACCACCAGUUUGGUGUAGACUUUCAAGAUGGAUGCUUUCAACUCGAUAGGUUUCUCUUUCUUUUUCGAAACGGACUACAUGUGUAGACCAACCCGGCAUGAAUACUAAGGAGCUUUAAUUGUGAAAUGGAUUUAAUACCCGUAAAACGAUAAAAGUGGAUUUUUUUGUUUCUAGCUACGUGUUCGGACGGCCGUUAAUUUUGCAACUUCCUGGUUGUCGCAUUAUUAAUAUCGCUGUUGAAACUGGGGCGAAAGCUCAAGUUAACGCCACUGUUGACUGUUUGCUGGAUACAGGAUACAUAGGGCUGUCGUUAUGCAAUUAUGCUAUAAUGUUUAAAACCAGAGACAACAGUUUUCAACGAAGGGCAAAGGGAAAACGACAUAUUUCAUAGUGUUCAGCAAUGGAAAGUGGAAAUGGUGGUGCCUCGAGGAAAGGUGGUGUUUUAGUAGCUGUCUCAGAAAGUUCUGGCGUCUUUCAAAACAAUAUUUUGGCUCCACUUAAAAGUGCGUACUUGUAUGAGGAGUCAAAGCAGUCUUUCAGGUAUACAUCCGCUGUCUUGGUAAAAAAUCCAGCACUGGAAGAAAAGUAUUGUGCUUUCCGAGCAAAGAGAAAAGAAGAAGGAUAUUCAGAGGAGGAUCUGAAAGAAUCCUAUGGGUUUUUGCUGUUUGAUGAUGUCAACAAGGCAAAUGCACUUGGAGAAACUGGUGUGCUCACUGGAAACAGCACAUGCACCACUCUUGGAGAUCCCUCCAAAGGUGUUUAUGUAUCAAUGUACUCUGACUGUUUGGAUCUCAAUCGCUGGUAUCAUGGGAAAUCUGGAUACAUUGCCAUCAUCAGGCUGACAAAGGGUAGAGUUAAAAAGGUUUUAGAGAACUACACCCAGAACUUCACUGCACCCACUGUGGGGUUUGACUGUCAUGUGUCAGAACAGUUUCCUUCAGUAUCUGCCAAAACCAGCUCCUUUCUUGCCUUCGAGAGAACCCAGUAUUACAUGUAUGAGCUGCUAGAUGAUGGAAGUAAUGUGACGACUCAAUCUCCCAGCGCUGCCUGUCCUUUUGCCAUUGUAUCAUUUUCAUACACGGAUACCAAAGCAACGAUUGUAGCAUCACAGGAGAAAAGUGAGGUGAAAAAUCUCGUUUGUCAUUACCUUCCUUGGAGGGGUCAGCUUCAAAUAGGCACCCUGUUCUAUGAUGUUGGGCUGAGGUCUACAGUGGCCUUAAUCCCUGCAGAACUACCACCAGUGGUGAAAAUUGGCAGAGCCAUUUCCAUGUCAGAUCUGAGACAGCUAUUGCCAAGGGCUGUCUUUGAAACCUGCUUCUCUGGUGAAGUCUUUCUAGAUGGCUUAUACUUUAGUCUGUAUGAGUUAGUUUCUUCUGAGGCAGUAGAAACCAACUCACUCCCUCUACUUCUGCGUGAGAUCAAGGAGAAAGAUCUUGCUCUCACUAUCCAGCUGAAUGAUGGUGGUUUUCUUAUCCUGUUGCACUCCUCACAUUUCCUCACAUAUGAUGAUACUGGUUCCAGUGCAACUGAUGUCCUGCAAGGCAUGUUUGUGUUUCCAGUCUCGCAGGUUAUACAGACAGACACCAAAUCUGGAGGGAAAAAGCCUGCCAUUUCAUCUGAAAUACUGCAUGUUCUACAGGUGCUUAAUUAUGCAGAAGGCGAAGUUGAGAAAACAUCCAUUGACCCAGGUGAAGAACUGUGUGAAGUCCUGGCACAGCAUAUGCAGCGUUACGCAGCCCUGAUAAAUCCUGGGUUGGCAUUAAGUCCUGCUAGGGAACUCAGCAUCUUUCCAGAUCAGUAUGAUGUGCCGGAUGCCCACAAGCACCUCUACUCAUGCCCAGAGUUGACUAACAGGGCAUGGCAGAGCUUCAGGUCAUACUUGAGCAAACCAGUCUCUUUUCAACUGCCAUUGUCCAAAGCUUCAGAAAUCCUGGCACCUAGACAAGAGGAGCGAAUAGAAGACCUUGAUGAUGAUGUCUACAUCUGUCUGUCAUCUCCUGAGGAGGCACCAGCAAAUCCUGUUAGCAUGGAGUCAGAGGACCAGUUGACAGGCCAGAGAUCUCCUGUAAACAUUGAAACACCUGUUGACACUUUUAUAACAAGUGCUGCAGUACAAGUUGACGUAACAGCUGUGCCUCAGAAUGUUGUACCAGAUGAUUUGCAUGCUGGGGAUGCUACUAAAUACACUGGCAAAUCUGAUCUGACUGUGCUGAUCAAAACUGAUGACAUGGGGGCAAAAAAUGUCCUGACUCCCUCUACAUCAGAUGACCUUCCUGCAGAGCUGAUUGUCAGCAUCACAUCGGCAGAGCAAACUGUCACUGAUGAGAGUUUAGAUAUGAUCAGUACUGUGUCUGCAACAAUGCAUAAUGACAUUCAACUUUCUGGUUUUUCAACAGCCAAAUUACAAAUGACAGGAGUGAACUCUCUGAAUGAUGAGACUGUUACAACCAAAAAGGUUUUGGAUUGCCCGGAGUUCACCAAACUCACGAAAACACAAAAGAGGAAACUACGUAGGGGAUAUUACAAAGGUCGGAAAAGGGUAUCUAACGCGUGCGUUGAGACUCCAAGUUUACAAAUACCAGUGGAGGAUGACAACUUGAAGAGUCAGAAGGAAGACCAGGCCAAGGAAUCAUCAGGCCACCCACAGUUGAGUAAUCCUUCUUAUAUUGAGCGGAGGAAAGUACAGAGGCGAAAGUGCAAAUUUAGAAAACCAUCAUCAUCUGUUGGUUUAGCAGUUGCAGAGGAGAAAAAACUAGACCCUGGACAGCAGAACUCUGAAAGCACAUUUUUAAUGGAACUUGAAACUUUUCCUCUGAGAAAGAAAACUGAGCGCUGGGACUUAAAGCCGGUCAUCAGCGAAUGUGGAAGAAUCUUGGUGCCUCAUGGCUCUCUAGAUAUUGCUGAUCAGAUUAAAUCUUUAAAGGAUAAGAUUACAUCUACAAAAGAUGAAAAAAUGUUGGUUGAUGCCUCUGUUAAUGACACAGUCGAAAUGGAGCAGGAGUCUAGCACUGCUCCAAAGACAGCAGUGGAUGAAACCGAGGCUACAACAUCCAAGGAUGGAGGAAACUUGAAAAUUGUUGUUAGUGAUAAUCCUGAACACAAUAUUUUGAGACCUUCAGAUGAUGGCAAUGGUUUAUUGACUUUGAAUCAAGAGAGUACUGAACAUUCUUCAAAGACUGAUUGCACAGAAACUUCUCCAUCAGAAGCAGUUAAAGAAAAGCAUACUAAUACUCUCUCCCCAGAAAAGAUUGCCACAAAAGGUGAAUUAUUGUUGAGUAAAUUGAAAUCAGUUCUUCUAAGAGGAAAGAGAAAAAUGGAUUUCCUUGUGUCAAAGGAGAUGACUGCAGAUACUGCCCAAGACACUGAGCCCCAUCUCAAGAAGGGAAAAGUUGACUCAGACACUGGGAUGCUGAAGAGUAAUUAUACAAUUACAAGUGUCCAGGACACCAAUGCGCAUGUCAAGGAAGUUUCAAAGAUGCUGUCACUUGACCCUCUUUUUGCAUAUGCCCUAGGCCUGACCCCUAAAGAGACACCAGAUAAGAUACAGAAAACUGAGGGUCAGGAUACUCAACAAAGGAAAGACUCAUCAGAGACACAAGAACAAACCAUUUUAGACAAACAACCUCAAAUCAUACACAGGCCUCCAUCAAUCUUUCCAAGAAGGGGAAGGAUUAAAAUGCUCAAAAAGCAUCAAGGCGUCUCUGCAGAUAAUGUGAAAAAGAAAUGGUGGUUGCAUUUUCAAACCCCAGCUUGUUAUGCCAGUGAAAAACUCAAUUACAAAGAGUGUACUAGGGAUAAUUCUGUCAGGAAGACUGUUAAGGAAAAAAUGAACAGUGCUUGCUCAUCUACAGAUGCUUUGAACUUACUUGCUGACUUGGCACUCAGUGCCAGUAAUGACCAGGUUCCACCACAACCAGACCCAGCACUUGAGAGAAAACCUGAGACAAGUUUGAAGAAGUGUGACCUUACAAAAGAUGUUACCACUGCUGAACAAGAGUCAGUUCUUCAUGCUCUGCUUAGACAGCCUGCUGCUAGAUCCAUGCAGCCUCUUGAGUCUCCUUCACCAAGCCAUCUUAUGGGAGGUAGUGAAUUGGUUGGUUUGGUAUCUAAAGAACAUGCUUACUCAUUGCCCCCAUCUUCCUCUCUACUGUUGGGUUUGCCAGGUACACCCUUCCAGGUAUCCCCUUUAAGUGGUUCUACCAGACUGCUGCACCAUCACCAGACAAUGAAUGGCGAUGGAAUUAAAACACUACACCCAUCUGUCAGCCAGACAGACAGAAGUGAAAAGAACCACAGGACUCCAGAAUACUUGGAAAAACACAUGGUGUGCAGAAGAAAGUUCAGACACUCCCGUACCUUUGUUGACAAGGAUGGAUCUAUCCAAGUCACAAAGGAAUGGAAAGAAAACUAUGACUUUAAUCUAGACAGCAAGUUCACAAAUGAUUCAAAGGAUAGAACUAUCAUCCGAGCCUUGCAUGGCCCAUGGGAUUUCUCCAUGCAAGACACCAAUGAAGAAGUGCGGCUCAUCGUCCACAUGUGGAUUGGUCUGUUCUACAGCCGGUCCACAGACAGGUUCUUUCAUGUUGACUCAUACCCAUGUUCAGAAGAGAGUGAUUGUUUGGAAAUGCCUAGUGGAAUGGAAUCAACACUGGCUCAAUCUGAGCUCAAGGCUUAUUCAUUUGCUCCUUUCCCGAGUGUAACAGACGCUUCAGACCCUUUGAUUUCAAAAGCUUUGGACCUCAGCAAAAAACAGGACUCUGUGUUGGACCAAGGAUCUGUGGUUUUGGACUUGUCACUGAGAAACUCUAAUGCAGAGAUUGUCACUUCAGAUCCACAAGUCAACAGAAAAGAAACUUCUGUGUCCGGUGAUCUGAAAGAAGCUAGUGAAACAUUGAAGACACUCAAGUCAUCCAUGGGGUUACAGGAGGCAAGCACAAUUCAGUGUCACAAAAAAAAAGUACACUACACAGAGAUAAAUGAUGCCGGAAGCACCCAUGAAAGUAAGACGAAAAUAGCUGGGAGCCUGGAGAACACCGGAGUACCAUCUUGUAAAGAUGACCGAACAUUCAUUCUUGUUCAAGACGAGAUGAAAAGUAUAUCUAUUCAGUCAGAAAAUAAUCCAGCUGCUUCAGGAAUUGGCCAUGUGUUAGACGGAUGCAACAAUGAGAAGACUGAUAUGAAAGAUGGCCUUGAAAAUAAGAUGAAAAAAGCUGGGAGGCUGGAGCACACUGAUGUACCAUCUUGUAAAGGUGACGAAACAUUCAUUGUUGUACAAAAAGAGAUGGAAAGCGUAUCUGUUCAGCCAGAAAAUAAUCUGACUGCUUCAGGAAUUGGCCAUGUGUUACAUGGAUGCAACAGUGAGGAGACAAAUGUGAAACAUAGCAUUGAAAAUAAUAGGAAAAAAGUUGGGAGCCUGGAGCACACUGAUGUACCAUCUUGUAAAGGUGAUGAAACAUUCAUUUUUGUACAAAAAGAGAUGGAAAGCGCAUCUGUUCAGCCUGAAAAUAAUCUGACUGCUUCAGGAAUUGGCCAUGUGUUACAUGGAUGCAACAAUGAGAAGAUGGAUAUGAAAGAUGGCAUUGGAAACAAGAGAAAAAAAGCUGGGAGCCUGGAGCACACUGAUGUACCAUCCUGUAAAGGUGAUGGAACAUUCAUUGUACAAAAAGAGAUGGAAAGUGUAUCUGUUCGACCAGAAAAUCAGAUUGCUUCAGGCCAUGUGUUACAUGGAUGCGACAAUGAGAAGACCGAUAUGAAAGAUGGCAUUAAAAAUUCAGAAGCUACAGCAAUGAGUUUAGUUCAAAAACAUGGAAAGGAUUCAUCAAAAUCUGUGACAGUUGUAGAGGUAGACUCCAACAAAGAAGCAGGCAAUGUGGUUCUUACAGUUAAGCAUGAUGCAAUUGAAUCCAAAGAUGGGGAAAACUUGGAAGUGAAAGAAAAUCCAUACCAACAAGGAAAUGUAGAACCUUCUCCAAAAGUGAUUCUUACAGAUGAUGAGUCAACAAACAAAGAGUCAGGUAUAGUCUGCAAUGGAUAUCUUUUGGAAAAUGAGAAGCAGUUAUCUGGAGAGGAACCUGUAUCAGUCUCACCAGGCAAGGCUGAAAAUGUUAAAGAUGUGGAUUGUUGUACAGUCUACAAAGGUAAAGUGAUUGAAGAUGAAGAUCCCUUUGGAAAAGAAAAUGGAUUUGAUGAGAAAGACCGUUGUGUUUCACCUGUGGAAGCUAAUAGUGAAUUGAGUGAUCAUCCACAACCUAUAAAUUGUGAUGGCCCAGAUUCAGUAAAGAAUUACAUUACAGAGUGUAAUCAGAAACCACCAUUUGAUGAGCAACCACCUAAACACAACGAAGAAGAUGCCUGCCAUGAUUUGCACUUGAGAAAGCUGUGUGCAAAUGGCAGUGUGUUGACAGAUGAAAAUGCCAUUUCAGAAAAAUUUCCUCCCGCUUCAUCAGAAAUGGAGCCUAUUUCUAAUGAACCUGCAGUUGAGGGAAAUUCAAAAAAUUAUAUUUGUUUGGCAGAUAAGGCACAUUAUCAGAAGGCAGCAAUACCCAUGUCUGAUGAGAACAACUGUUCGUUAGAGGUUUCUAACGCAAAUGGGUCUAUUCCCCAGACAAAUGAGAGUGUUGAAACAGAAUGCCAAAACAAAGUAAUGGCAAACUUCAAUCUAAUCGGUGUUGAUCAUGAAGAUGGGGAUACCCAAUCAAUUGAGGGAGAUCAAAAAAUUGUAAACACAACUGAAAAAGAACAAUUUUAUCAUCAGGCUCAUUCACCUCAGUGUGAAGCUGAAGCUGCAUUGACUAAAGAAACAGACCUCAAACAGAUCGAAAAAACGAAUGAGGGAUUGGAAAAGAUCAAUAUUGUGAGUUUAAUUCCAUUUAUUGGAAUAGACUCCUCCAGAGAGGAUACAGUACAACAACCCGACACACACUCACAAGGCAAGGUUGAAGAAGUUGACCAGGAAGAAAUACCAUUUAUCAGUAAAACUACCUACCCUGAAACUGUCCAACCCACAGGGUUAUGCAGUACAUCUGAAAUGUACAGUAAAAAGCCAGAACGGUCUGCUGUCAAAAUAUCACUUUCACUUCUUGAUGUAAGUGAAACAUCUGACGACCGGUGCCCUACCCCAACGAUGGACGAGAAACCAUUUCAGUACUUAACUUGCUCUGGACCUAGUACUACUAGUGCUUCUGCUUUUAGUGGUAGUGAAACCUCCAAAAACAUGACUCAGAAAUGUCUUAAUAAAGGAUCAACAUCCAGAAAGGAUGAGGUGCCUCACAAGUCUACAUUUAACAGUGAUGCCACCACUCAUCAUGAGCUUGAACUAAGAACUCAUAGAGUUCUUCAAAGUAUAGACAAGUUCCGCCACCAAACCAGCCACACUAAAACAUCCAGCCAGAUUGAAACCGCUGAGAAACACAUUCUUGAUCAAACUCCUAACCCCAAAAGCAAGUACAUCCCCACUUGCUUCACCACAAGCCACAUUUCAUCUGACUUUAAGGACAAGAAAAUGCAAUGCAAUACAACACCAGCAGUGAUGUCAGCCUCUACCUCACCAGAACUGCACACAGAAUCAACAAGUAACUUUCUCAUAUCACCUUUCAAAAGUAAAUUAGAGGAAGUACUCGGUGUAAAGUUGCAGCUAAAUAAAACUAACUCCCCAGUUCAACAACACUAUUUUGAAAGAAUAGAUAAAUUACAGGAAAAAUCCGUAGGGCAAGAUUGUCAUCCCUACAGAUCUAUUCCCUGUACUGAGAGUUUGCAAGCCAUUAAACCAAAUAUUGACCAAGGUAGACAUAAAACAACCUCACAGAGCAAUUUAAGUCAUGAAUUACGUUCAUACAGUCAGCGUCCUGUCAUGGCAGUGAAACCAUCCAAGACUGAUGAAUGUCAAGCAGAUUGCAUCUCUAAAGACAAACAAAUUGAAAAUGCUGUAAUGUCCCAUUUUUCUGUCAAUAAACCGACAGAAACCCCCGUAGUCACAUACACCAUACCUACCACCAUGUUCUUGGAGAAAAAGACAGAAAGUCUCAAGGAAAACUCUGAGGGACUAAAUGAUGAUAAGCAAGAUGCCAGUGAGCUUUCUUCAAAGAGCAGUUGGUUAUCCAAUGUAAGUGACAGUAAAUCUAACUCAGAUACAGUUAAAUUUGUGCUUCAAGAUCCUUUAAAGCCGCACCAAGGAAGGGACAUUUCAAAAUUAAACUAUAUUCCUUUAUCUUCUUUCCCUGCACAGUCUUUUGAAUCUGCAAAAAAAUUCUCUAAACUUGUUGAUGGAAACCAAGGUUUCAUUACAUAUAGUUCAGUUGAGAAAGUUGGGCAAACAACUAAAGAGAGUAUUGAGAUUGAUCAAAAAGACUGCUCAGAUGCAUCAACUUCACAUGCGGUUUACAAAGAUGGUGGCAUAAUAGAUGACAGUCUCUUCCUGGGACCUCAAAGCUCACUCAUGUGUACGGUCUAUAACACCAGCAGGAAGAAAUCCUAUUCUUUUCUGGAGCAGGUUUCUCAGAGGUGCCUACAAGACGACCCCACUGAGGCAUCAAUUGAGCAGGAGUGCCUUAUCUUCUCAGAACAAAUGAAACAGCUUUUGAAAAGGAGUAAGAGGGGACCCGUCCGCCAACAGGGCACACAUGACGAACUGAAUUUGUCUUGCGCCAGUCCUGUGACUGUGCACUUUUGCAGUCUAGAAGAGCAGGAGGAUUCAGUGGAUCAGUUGACUGCACAUUUAGAUGCACCGUCACUUGUUGGACAAAGAAUUAAGGUAAACAUGUCUGACAGGAAAAAGACUACAGAUGAAGACCAGACUCAUCCUCCAAAUGUAUCUCGGGGAACAGGGAACCCCAUGGAACAUGCUGGAGUUUCUGCUGUGACUUCAGAGUGUGUCAGGCUGUACGAGGCAAUGAUGAAUGAUGUUUGUGCUGUCAAAAAGGUCCCAUCUAGACCACAAAAACACUUCAGAAUUCAUAGAAGUUACUCAAAGGCUGAACCAAGUAACCAUUUUGACUUUUGUGAUCAAAUGAAGAGAGAGAUGGAUGAGAGUUUCCGCAGUAAUCUGAAUUCAGUUGUGAAGAAAUCCUGUAAAACAAAGUACAGAUUCUACGUACUAUUGACGUCAGAUGAUGCCUUCUUUGAGGAAACCAAGGCACAGUUAGAGGCAGAAGGCCACACUGCUGUACAGCCAUCCGAGUUCUUCCUUGGUGAGGAUAGUUCUUCAUCUCUACUCAUCAUCCUCAGGAAUGAAGACAUUGCAGAGCACAUUUGUGAGGUCCCACAUUUGCUCGAGCUGAAGAAGUCCCCAGGUGCGCAGUUUGCUGGAAUUGACGAACCAGAUGAUGUCGUGAAUCUCACCCAUCAGGAGCUCUUCACGAGGGGUGGCUUUGUAAUGUUCGACAGAGCUGCACUGGAGUCCCUCAGUUUUUGCAAAAUGAAAAAAAUGUCAGAAAUCUUGCAAGAGCGAGGCAGAACGGGGAAGUGGAAAUGGAUGUUGCACUACAGAGAUAGCCGUCGACUGAAAGAAAAUGCGAGGUUGAGUGCAGAGGCAAAAGAGAAGACGCACUUCCUAAACUGGUGCCAAGAAGCUGGAAUAUUGGAGGUCUUGCCUUAUCAUGAGUGUGACCUCAUGUCAAGAGAGCAGCCUGACUAUCUCACGUGUUUGGUCCGUUUGCAGGUCCAGAAUAUAUCAGCCCGUUACCCUGUCUUUAUAACCGAUACAACAACAGACAGCGCAUUUGGAAAGAAUGGAAUUUUAACAAUGACUUUUGACUCUUUCCUGAUGUAUUCUCCAAGCAAACCAAUUACAGCCUGACUUGGAAAAUGUCAGAUGGACAAACUUAGAACAAAACAAUGAAAAACUCACUGGAUGUAAGGAGAACCCAGUAAUUUACCAUUUUUAUGGUGAUUUAAAACCUACUACAUUUAAUAUUUUUCUUGUCUUGUCAGUAAAGCUCUUUUGCAUCAAGCAAUAAUUAUUCAUUUAUGGUCAUUGAUGGGAUGUUUUUUUUUCCAUUUGUCAACUAAGUUAUCAUUAAGUUAAUGGAUAGAGUGACAGUGCCAAUAUACAGACUGUAUAUACUGCAUUUUGUAUUAUAUUUUGUAUUGUAAAUUGUUUUUACAGUGUAUUGUUUUAUUUACAGUCCUGAGUUUAUACAUUUGCAGCACAAUCAUUAGUGUUUGUUUUUAGAUAAAAAUCGACAGAAUUGCAACAAAAUUUAAUUAGGAUGUUUUCUGUUUUAUAUAUUAAAGUAUGCUACUGCACACUGUUAAGGUUGCGUACAGUGAUUCUUAAGUAUUGGGUGUUAAAUAGUUUUAACAUAAUUACUAAGCACUUAAUAUUUCAUGACAUGUACAAAGCAAUUUGACUAAGAAUAAAGAGGUUUCAUUAA